CUAACGAAAAAACUGGCGCCGUUCCAAGGCAUCUUCUUCUUGCGAUAAGGAACGACGAAGAAUUGGGGAAACUUCUAAGUGGAGUCACAAUCGCUCACGGUGGUGUUUUGCCUAACAUUAAUUCUGUUCUUCUACCUAAGAAGACUGCAACUAAAUCAACCGAAGAAAAGGCGACCAAAUCUCCAGUCAAGUCUCCCAAGAAAGCUUAAUCUUCUAGAAUUUUAGUUUUAUUUAUGUUUUCGUUGGUAGUUUGUGUUUGAGCUUUGGUGAUUGUAGAAAUUUCAAGCUUUUUAAUCUUUGUUUUUGUGUUUGGUGAAUUAGAAGGUUGUUCAAAUUCCAUUUCCUAAUUAUAUGAUUUUAUGACCUAUCUAAAUGCUUCGUCUAAUCUUUUGGCCCACUGGUAUUAAUGUCAUUAGCGAAUUACUUAAUUAAAUUACAUUGACAUCGACAUUAACGCACCCUUUUAUUCACUGUGCUAAAUUUAUCGUUGAGGUGAAGCAAAAUCUAAAAUGUUCUUACCUCUCUUUGUUCGUCGUAAUUGCUUAACAUCCUCAUUACGAUAUUUAACAAUUCGAGGAUCUUGUUCUAAAUUAUUCGUCGGAGGGCUAUCUUAUGACACCAAUGAACCUGUUUUGAAGAAUGAGUUUGAAAAGUACGGUGAAGUUAUUGAAGUGAAAGUAAUAUGCGAUCACAAGAGCGGGAAAUCAAAAGGUUAUGGCUUUGUGUUAUUUGAUUCAGAAGAAGCAGCUGCAAGUGCUUUAGCUUCCAUGAACAAUCAGUUACUAGAAGGAAGAAACAUUAGAGUCGAAUAUGCUCAACCGAAAAGUGGUUUAUAUCAGAAUCAGAAAUGAUUCUCCUCAACUCAAAUUGAAACUUCAGAUCUCUCAGGAAAUGCAUUUACUCUUUAGAAUUGUGACAAUGUAGAACUCUAGAAUGAUUUGGUGAAAGAGUCUUUAGUCGUUUUGUAAUGACAGUGUGUACUCUUCAAGCCUUGUUACUUUUUCAUAAUUGUUAUUGGUGCUUCUA